UGAAACAAGUGAAACUCCAGUUUAAAGCAGAUCUUUUAUUCGACCCAACAAGGAAUUCAUACAGUACAGUCUGAACAAUAACAAUUACAGUAGAUUAUUUUUUCCAAAGUGUAGUACUUUCUAAAGUCAUCUGCGUUUUUACUGUAACAGAAGAGACUUAUUUAUUUAUUUAUUAGGCCUACACAUUGCCAACUUAUAUUUGUUUACUUAUUUAAUCUUUUUGAAAUCAAUUUACCAACCAUGACUUCAAUCAGCGAGCCUUUGGACAUAUCUGGCAGUGAGUUGGUCCACAUCCUCAGGACUCCCCGGGACCAGUACACCUCUGGUGGGUGCGUGGUGCUUGACUGCAGACCCUUCCUCGCCUUUUCCUGGGCGCACAUGUGCGACUCUAGAAAUGUCAACUGGAACUCCAUGCUCCGCCGGAGGUCCAGGAGCUCGGUGGUGUGUUUGGAGUGGCUGGUGCCGGACAAGGCCCUCCUGGGACGGCUGCGACGCGGAGAGUUCUCGCCGGUGGUGGUGGUGGACGAGAACAGCCGCUCCGUGUCCGAGCUGAAGACGGAGAGCCUGGCCAGCAUGCUGCUCACCGCCCUGCAGGCAGAGGUCCAGGGAAACUCGGUGCAGAUCUGUUUUCUACAAGGUGGAUUUGAAGCAUUCUCAGAGGCCUAUCCAGAGCUUUGCUACAAGUCUCCUGGAAAUAACCUCUCUGUAGUGGAUCCAGAGCCCACAGUGACUGGCCGAAGUACACCAGCAUACGAUCAGGAGGGUCCUGUGGAGUUGCUGCCCUUUCUGUUUUUGGGCAGUGCCGUCCACUCAUCCCGCAGAGAAACCCUCGCAGCGGCGGGCAUCACAGCUGUGCUCAACGUGUCCUCCUCCUGCCCCAACCUUUACGAAGAGGAGCUGCUUUACCUCCGGCUCACUGUGGAGGACAGUUUGGCUGCUGAUAUCAGAGCCUGCUUCUCCGAGGCCAUCGCCUUCAUCGACUCAGUGAAGGAGCGCGGUGGGCGGGUGCUGGUGCAUUGCCAGGCAGGUAUCUCCCGCUCUGCCACCAUCUGCCUGGCCUACCUCAUGCACACUCAACACGUCAAACUGGAGGAGGCCUUUGACUUUGUGAAGCAGCGGCGUCAGGUUAUCUCCCCCAACCUGGCCUUCAUGGGACAGCUGCUGCAGUUUGAAACAGACGUUCUCUGUCAGGGAUGAAGGCUCAGAGAGACAUAAGGAGGAAGAAAACCCUCAUGACUGUACCAUUUUAUUUCUUGUUCUGCUGUCUGCUGGGAUUGUAGGCCUAAUAAUUGCAUUAUUAGGACAAAUGUGCAGAUUGUACUGCUGCUGAAAUUGUCCAGUUUCAGAAAGUGUAUACUUGCCACAAACCUCAUACAUCCAGAGACAAAUUUCUCGAGCUGCUAUUAUCACAUGGCAGUCGGAUCUGAGUUUUUAUUUUCAGAAGAAACUCAGAAGUUGUUUGUGGCAUUAAAACCAACAGCAGGGAACAUAAACCCAAAUGAAACCACCACAGUAUGAACACCUGUGAUUGUGAAUCAGGAAGUUGGAGUAGGCACAAAGCCAUUUCCUGGAUUAUUAUGAUGAUUAUAGGGCAAUUGUGCCCAGUGUCUGCUGUG